CGCCUCCGUAGCAAUGUUGGCUCAAGCUGUCUGGCUCCUGCCGUCAGAGAGUGCAAGCCAUGAGAAAUGUCUAACUGUACCCGUGAGGCUCUUGCAGGAAUGUUAGCAGUGAAGGCCCGCUGUCGCAGGAUACUAUUGAUAGGUGUUGUUGCCGUCUAUGGUGUGGACUCUUUAUGUCUAUCAUAUGCCGACCUCGUCGUGCCUAAUGGUGCGGAAUCUGGCGGGCCUUGCAAGGGCGAGGACCCUUCAAGUGCGAAUGCCUCUUAUUAUGGCACCGCGGUUGUGAUUUGCCCGGGGGUCGAAACCAUUCCGGACUAUGCGUUUCAAGCAUGCUCUGCGCUGACCGAUGUGGAGUUGCCAGAUUCUCUGAGCACCAUCGGGAAUUAUGCUUUCGAAGAGGCGGGACUUGUCAAUGUCACUAUCCCUGACAAGGUGAUGUAUAUUGGAUGGUUUGCUUUCUACAACUGUGAGGAUCUAUCCAGAGUUACGCUCCCGAGCUCACUGGCAACCAUCGGGAUUUGGGGCUUUAAAGGUACCGCGCUGGUGGAAUUGACCAUCCCAGCGUCUGUCACAGAAAUCGGGGUCAGUGCUUUGGACGUUGCCACGCUGACCACGGUGUAUAUGCUUGGACAUGACGUGGAGGCGGUGGCUGGAUUCACAGGCGCUUUCGGUGCGUCUGAUCCUACGAUCGUGGCGGGCACCCGCGCGGCGACCAGCACCUGGUCCUCUACCACCGGGAGCUCUACAACCUCAUUGACCUCAACGUCCAGGUCGUCCUCGUCCACGGCUUCGACUACGACAAUGAUAUCUAAGAUUACGUCCACCACGACGAUGACGUCAACAACGCCGACAUCCACCACGACCCUGACGACGUCCACUGAAACCUCAUCCACCGUCACCUCUUCGAUCAGCGCAACCAGCACCACUUGGACAUCCACCUUCACCAUAACUUCGGCCACGACGAUCACGACCUUGGUAUCGACAACGGAUACGUCAGCCACGAUCUCCUCUACUUUGACAUCAACAUCCGAGACUUCCACCACCGAGAGUUCUACCGUUUCCUUGACCCGAACUUCCGCGUCCUCCACCACGGAGGGUUCUACCACUUCCUUGACCUCAACAUUUCAGUAUUCCACCACCUGGAGCUUCACCACCUCCUUGACCUCAGCGUCUGAGUCAUCCACCACCGUGUCCUCUACAACGACUUUGACUUCAACAACGGAGACUUCCACCACCAGGAGCUCUACUACCUCUUUGACCUCAACCACCGAGGCCUCCUUUUCUUUGACCUUAUCAUCUGAGUCAUCCACCACGGAGAGUUCUACCACUUCCUUGACCUCAACGUCCGAGUCUUCCACCACCUGGAGCUCUACCACCACCUUGACCUCUACCAUAACCUUGACCUCAACGUCCGAGACAUCCACCACAGGGAGAUCUACCAUAACCUUGACCUCAACGUCCGAGUCUUCCAUUACGGAGACUUCUACGACUUCUCUGAUUUCAACGUCCGCAACCUCCACCACGGAGAGUUCUACGACUUCCUUGACCUCAACGCCCGAUCUACCAUUUCUUUGACCUCAACGUCCGAGUCUUCCACCACCUGGAGCUCUACCACCACCUUGACCUCUACCAUAACCUUGACCUCAACUUCCGAGACAUCCACCACCGGGAGCUCUACCACCUCCUUGACCUCAACGUCCGAGUCAUCCACCACUUGGAGCUCUACCACCUCCUUGACCUCAACGUCCGAGUCUACCAUUUCUUUGACCUCAACGUCCGAGUCUUCCACCACCUGGAGCUCUACCACCACCUUGACCUCUACCACAACCUUAACCUCAACGUCCGAGACAUCCACCACCGGGAGCUCUACGACUUCUUCGACCUUAACUUCUACAACAGUGACAUCAACUUCGACGAGUUCCACGACAUUCACUUUGACCUCAACCACUGUGUCAUCAACAAGCGAGACCUCAACGACCGCGUCUUCCACCACCACAGUUUCCAUCACCUCCUUCACUAUCACAUCGACGCUGACAUCGACUACACAGACGUCAUCCACUCUAACUUCAACCAGCGAGACGUCGACUUCCGCGACUUCCAGCACCACCUUGACAGCAACGUCGACGCUUACUUCGACCACAGUGACGUCGACAUCGGAGACUACCGGCACCACCACGAUGACGUCGACAUCGGAAUCCUCCACGACGACCCUGACGACGACCCUGACGUCGACAUCGCAAACCUCCACCACGACUCCGACAACAACCACGUCCCUGUCGUCUACGACGUCGUUUCACACGACCACCGAGUCCCUCACAUCAACAUCGACCUUCACCGAAUCGUCAUCCAGCAUCACGCACAGCAGCACGACGGCGACCCCUGAGCGCUACUCUGAGGUAAAGGGCAGCAUGUCGUUCACCCUGUUCAGCGCUUUCUACAUCCUCAGCGAAGGCGAAGUGGCCGCCGUCAAGCGGGCCGCACUGGCGUCCUACCUAGACGUCGCCGAGUCGCUGGUCACCAUUGAUUCCGUCACGUCCUCAGCGAGCCGGCGGUCGGUGGCAAGGAUUGGGUCCACGCUUUAUGCCGUUGGCUACACUGUCCAAGUUCCAGGCACUGCUCAUGAAGAUGUCACAAAUUCCUUGCGGAAUUUGACCAUCGAUCCCAGCUUGUUUGACCCGUUUUUGAAUGAUGUGUUUGGGGCCAAUGUCGUUUACUCUGCCUCGAACAUUUCGACUAACGUCGUUUCGGCAAGCGAACCCACAGUCGAACUGUGGAUGUAUACCACGGCGACGGGUACGUCAACAACGGGAACGUCUACGACGUGCUGCGAGUGUCCUCUUCCUGACGCUGAGGUCCCCGUGGGGGUCGCUGGGCCCGAUUUUCAGAGCACGUCAGACCUGCCAGACCUGCUCCGCAUCGAGUGCUCAGGGACCAAGUGGUUCGACACGUGCGAUCCUGUCUGUGCACCAGGCUAUGUCGCGGCGGGGUCGAUGGUCUGCAGCAGCGUGACCGAGGCGUUCGAGGGCUCCGCCUUUUGCGAGCCGGGUGUCUGCGCCGGCGGUCCGGGUGUGGAGCUGCCGGAGGGCUACGAGCCAUGGGUUCCAGCCUGCGCGAAUAUGAGCUUCUUGGAGAAGUGCAACGUCUCGUGCGCCAGCGGCUACGAGAACCUGGGGGACCAAAUCCAGCUCGAGUGCACGGCGUCGCUGGUCUCCAACUUCACCAGCAGCUCGGGGGCCUGCACGGAGAGGAGGUGUUACGCGGACUCGGUGCCAGAGAUGCCCUUCGUGGUCGACAGCUCCUCCUGCGUCGGCAUCGCCAGCGGCGAGAGUUGCUCGCCAGUGUGCGAAGAAUCGCACCAUCUCGUCGAGCCGAUCAAGUGCAACCGUGGCAGCUUCGACCACCUGACGAGACCGAUGAUAUGCGUCAACCUUUCGGAUAUGGAAGCGCUCGAGCAGACGGAGGUCUUGACUGUGGAGAUGGCGAUCACGGGUCCAGGCCUGACUGCUGAGUGGACAAACGACGAUUUGGUCAAGGGCGCGCUCAGGAGCUCACUAAGUAGCACCUUUGGAGUGCUCGUAGGCCAGACUAUCCUGUUGAGCCUAACGGAUAUACAUUCUGGUGAGGUCAUUCAGUGGGGUGGAUGGAGACGAUUGUCGAUAGAGGAUGGUUUCAGUUUUUCAACGAUGUUCGUGCCAAAUGCACAAUUCAACCUGUCCGACGUGACUGCGACAAUAAGCAGUGUCAAUUCAGACCAUGAUGCAUUCACCAGCGCAUUUGCCUUAGCACUUGAGACUGCCGGCGUCGGUGUCCCGCCAGGCCUCGCCGAUGCCACCAUCCACGUCUCCGAGCCCACGUAUUACGUCGCCACCCUUCCGAUAGCGCGCUGGGUGGCGCGCACAAAUUGGACGGAGUGCAGCACCACGUGCGGCAAAGGAGAGCACACCCGGUUAGUAGAAUGCUUGACUGGCGAGGAGGUCAUGUGCAACGCCAACGCGGCGCCAGGGUUCACCAUGACGUCGUUCAUGCCCACCACCGACCCGUGCGAGACGUACAUCCUGUGCCCCUACGACUGGACCUGUCCCUCCGGCCCGGACCCCGUGACAGGUGAAGGUUGUGAAGGUCAGGCCGCGGGUGUUGUGAUUGCGAUGGUUGUGGCUAUCGUGCUUGUGAUUUUCGUUGUAGCGCGGUACUGCUGGAUCAUGACUCGCGUGCCAACGCGCGGACGCAUGAGGCUUGCCGAGGAGCUCGCCGGCAGGAACUCCGUCGAGUGGGAGAGGGAGGAUGGCGUCAUAGCCCAGGACGGCAUCCGGAAAGACAGGAUGCUCUACAAGCUCGACGAUGAGGUGAUGAAUCAGUUCGUAGAUGAUGAGGUUCAGCGCGCACGCGGAUGUGCUACUUUGGUUCCCCUCGACGGCCACGCCGACGAGAUCGGGCAAGUGGAUUUGGAUUUCAGUGGUUCAGUGGACUUCGAGCUUCGGAUGACGGUGAGAACUAAAGCCAAGGAGGCGCUACUCGUCGGCAAAGUGUACCGCCGAGGUGAGACGUCAUUAGACAUCGGUAAGGCGAAAGCCUUGGUGAUCAAGCAGGGCAUCCCUGCUUGGCAGGUUGGUGAGGAAUCUUUCGCGGGAGCAACACAUAUCGCCGAUGGUCAGCAGCACCAGCUCUCGAUCUCGUACUCCGCUGAGCAGGAUACGUACAUUCUCAAGGUCGACGGCACCGAAGAAGCCAGGGGACCUUGCGGCGUCGCGGACAAUCCGGAUACUGUUCUCGUCCUCGGCACCGCGAGUGCGCAUAGUGAAGAUGCGUUCAACGAAUGUCAGCCUCUUGUCGAUGAGCUGCGGGACAUUGGCAUCGAGAUGCUUGUCCUGGAGGAUCGGAGAGAAGAGCCCGUCUUCAAGGGCGAUCUCGACGACCUCAUUUGGAGUGAGUGUCGCUGGGACCGGGCCCUCGGCCAGAUGGCAUGGGUGGACUACGAUUUGUACAUCGACACCGAGGAGAGGGUCGGCAGCAUGAUGUCAAAGGAAGCGACAGAGGGGGCGAAACAUACGACCGACGUGCAGUCGGUCCCCAGCGUGUCCCAACAAGUUUUCCAAAGGGGUCAGACCGUAGAGUACUGGUCGAAGACCAUCCAGGCAUGGCUUCCAGCCACGGUCACCAGUGUCAGGGGCACGCACUACGACCAGACCCUGCAAUUCAGCAUGCACACCUACGACGUCUUCGUGGUCGCGGCAGAGCAGAAGGUGCCUGGCGUGAGCAUGGUAGACUUGCGCGAGCCGUUCGUGGAGGGGGAGUCGGUGAGCGUGUUCUCCCAGAAGCACGGGGAGUGGUUCCCGGCCAGGGUGGACCGGGCGCUGAAGGAAAGCGACCCGAGGCUCGGGUACGACAUCAGCCUCGAGUAUGUGGACGGCGCCAAGUCCAAGCUGCAGAAGCACUUGGAGAGGUACAUCGGCAGGAGAGGAGAUCCCACCACCCGCACGAAGGACGUCGCAGCGAGCGAGGCCGCUUCGAUGACCACCACGACGACGGUGACGACGACGGCGACAAAGACGGACGGGAGGCCUUCGCAGGUCUCGGCGCUGCAGAACAUGCCUGGGCAGGAUAGGCUGCCCCCUUUGAAGAACAUGCCAGCCAAGCGCCUACGGAGGCGAUACGCUCCGGGAGACCAGGUUCGCCUGUACAAGGGAGCCGAGGAAGGUUUUUUUCCGGCCGAGGUCGUUGCAGAGGAGGUGGACGGCAAGCCGCCCAUGCACAACUCCAAUGCACAAGACGCCCUCCUCGACGAGGAGAGCAACGUCGACGGCGGCGCCGGCCUGGCUGGAGACACGCGGAGGAAGCGGCAGCGUUACGACAUCACCGACCAGCGCCACGCGAUUGUCAGAGUGAGGCAAAUCGGCGCCAGUGAUGCGCCCCAGGAUGAGAUCUGCAUCUCAGUCCCAGAGUACCUCCUGCGCCAGGUGCCUCGUGGCUCGCAUCGUCCUGGCUCCGAGACCAAUGAGAAUGGAAGCCCUCCGGCCGGCGCUGGGGCUGGCGCUGUGCAGCCCCUGCCAGAGGAUGGGGAGGAGGAGGAGGAGGAGGAGGAGGAGGAGGAGGGGAACGCCGAGGAGGAGGAGGACGCCGAGGAGGAGGAGGAGGAGGGCAAUGCCUCCUCCGGGCCGCGAGGCGGGCCCGGCUUCCACGAGGAGCACCUGGCGGAGAAAGAGGAGGACGUCCCGAGCAGGCUGGCGGGCUCCAGUGCCCCCCCGGCUGGCGCGGCAGGGCCCGGCUUCCGUGAGGAGGAGGAGGAGGAGGAGGAGGAGGAGGAGGAGCGGGUCGUGGUGUGACUGCGCUGGAGGGCGUGGGCGACUGGGACAGCCUGCUGGCUCUCUGGGCAUGCUGCCUCGGGGCCCGUGCUGGGGAGCGUCCCAGCGCGUGCUGUGCCUCUCAGUUUGGUGCGUUCGUGAUGCACGUGGCGGGUCCUUCGAGGCGGAUUGUUUUCAGCCCGUGAUGGCAGUGGUCUCUGACUAAGUGUUUCUGGGUUGAGGGAACCUCUGUCUGAAUCAGAGCCCCCGGAUUUCACAAGUGUGCUUUGAUGUAGUUAGUGUUUUCUGCCGCUUUGCUCGGGCAGGUCGUCUGAGGUGCAUAGUUUCCGCCAACGAUGGCAGCAUCCUCUGACAGAGCAUUUCCAUGUCGGGGAGCCUCUUCAAUUUUGAGUCAGAGCCCCCAGGCGUCACAAGCUGUCAGACCCGACGUCGCGAAACACGUGAAAUUCAACAAACAUAUGGCAACGCCCGGAUCUCAGGGGGUGCUGCUUGAUGUCGUGGUCUGUCCCUGGCGGGUGGCCGCUCUCCACGACACGCUGGAGCGGGCAGUGACGCUCGGGCUCGGUAUUGGUGUGUGCCUCUCUGUGUGUGUGCGUGUGCGCGUGUGUGCGUGUGUGCGUGUAUGCGUGUGUGCGUGUGCGUGUGCGCUUGCGUGUGCGUGUG